GAAAAUUAUAUAAAAAGAGCAAUUCAAAAUGUCAAAAAAACAAACACCUGAAGAAAUUUUUUAUGAAAAUUUAACAUUGGGUCUUGUAAAUACACUUUCAAAUGUACCACGAAUAAGCAAUGUAUGCUGUGAGCAUCGUGCCCCAUGUGAAAAACCACAUAUACAAAAUUGGGAGCAGAGACACUGUGUGUAUCUACCUGAGGAUAUGAAAAAAUUCUAUCUAUCAACGGAUGGUUUUCUUCUACAAUGGAGUUAUCAAUACUCACCAACUGAUAUGCGAAAAGUGGGAAUUAUUUACUUCCCAUACCUUGCCGAAAUAUCUCUUUUACGAGAUAAUAUUGAACAAUCACCAAACAUGUCUAGUUCAGAAUCAAGUAUCACACAACCUACGCAAUCUAACCCUGUUAAGGACAGAUGGGGCAAUCCUACACCCGUAAUGUCAUCGAAAUCGAAAGUGUUUGAAUUAAAAAGUGUAAAUGAAACAGCAAAGGUGUGCCUAGUUUAUGAAUCAACGGGUACAAAUAAUCCCAAAUUUUAUCUGCUCGAAAAUUUUACAUCUAAAUGGCAAUUUUUAGCGGACACAUUUAGUGAAUUCUUACGAAUGUCAAUAGCACAUAUUGGAUUACCAUACUGGGAGCUGUGCUUCUCCAGUUUUGGUUUACCAACUUGGGCAGAACAAUUAUUUCUUUUACUUGCACCACAUCUACUCGAAGAACACGAGCAACGUCGCACUAAAAUUGUGCAACAAGUGGCCGAGCAUCCAUAUAAUUUAAUUGAUCCGAACAUAUUCAGGAGCAAACCAAAAUUACUUGGCAGAUCGAAUGCCGCGACGAAACAUAGCUCGUCAAAUGUUCUCAAAAGAUAAAGAAUAAAUUAUGAAGAGAUAUUUGUAUUGUCUAUUUUUUUUGGCAGUAAAUAAAUAAUAGAAAUAAUUUAUAA